UUGAAGCAUGCCAAUGGAAUUCUCAAUUCAAAUCAUUUUGGCAAUUCUUUUCACCAUAUUUGUGGCUUCACUUUCGGUCCAUGUUCGACACAAGAAGAAACCGCCAAGGAGAACACCGCCAGAGGCCGCAGGGGCCUUGCCUUUGCUCGGUCACCUUCAUCUUCUCGGAACAAAUCAACUGCUACAUCGAAUAUUCGGCGACAUGGCCGACGAGUACGGACCUAUCUUCUCGCUCCUACUCGGCACUCAUCGGGCACUCGUUGUGAGUAGCUCGGAAGUCGCGAAAGAACUUUUCACAACCAAUGAUAAGAUCUUUUCAACACGUCCACGGUCCUUAGCCGUGAAGCUUAUGGGGUAUGACCAUAAAAUGCUAGGUUUCGCACCAUAUGGACCGUAUUGGCGCAACAUAAGGAAACUAGCUAUGCUUCAGCUUCUAUCCGGUCACCGGAUCGAGUCACUCAGGCAUGUUUGGGAAUCGGAAAUCGAUUAUUUCAUAGACGAAUUACAUGAACAAACGUUGAAAAGCAGAGGUGUUGUGGUAGUGGAAAUGAAGGGAAGGAUUGGUCACUUGGCAACCAACGUAAUGGUACGGACCGUAGCCGGAAAACGAUACGAUUACGGAACCGAUGAAUCAAGACGAUGCCAAGAUGCCAUUGCUGGUUUCUUUCAUCUGGUUGGGUUAAUGUUGGUUUCAGAUUUCGCUCCUUUUCUCGGUUGGAUCGAUGUUUUAAUGGGAAAGAUAAGCGAAAUGAAGAGGAUAGCGAAAGAGUGUGAUACUAUAUUCGGAAGCUGGGUUAACGAGCAUCGCGAAAUGAGGCUCGUGGAAUGCGUCGAAGGGGACAAAGAUUUCAUCCAUGUCAUGUUGUCCAUGAUGGAUGAUGAUAGUAUUCCAAUUGAAGAGGCCAACACUACCAUUAAAGCUACUUGCCUGAGUCUUGUCUUGGGAGGCAUCGACGCGAUCACGAUCGCGUUUACAUGGGCGGUCUCGUUGCUGUUGAACAAUCGCCGUGUGCUAAAAAAGGCACAAGACGAAAUCGACUGGCACGUCGGAAAGCACCGGAAAGUGGAAGAGUCGGAUAUAAACAACUUGGUAUACUUGCAAGCCAUUAUGAAGGAAACAUUUCGGUUACACCCACCGGCACCUCUAUCAGCACCAAGGGAAGCCAUGGACGACUGUACGAUAGCCGGUUUCGAUGUCCCUGCGGGCACUCGGCUUUUCCUUAAUGUGUGGAAAUUGCAGCGUGAUCCCGGCAUUUGGGAAAAUCCAACGGAUUUCCUGCCUGAGAGGUUCGUUAAUGAUCAUGGUAACAUAGAUGUAAGGGGUCAAAACUUUGAGCUCUUACCAUUUGGUUCGGGUAGAAGGAUUUGUCCGGGUAUCAGUUUUGCACUUCAAGUCCUGCACUUAGCAUUGGCUAGGCUUCUUCAUGGAUUCGAAUUGGGGACGGUUUCGGACAAAUCGAUCGACAUGAGUGAAAUCCCUGGAAUGGCUGUUCCUAAGGCUACACCAUUGGAGGUUACUCUUUCCCCACGCUUACCUGCUAUGCUCUGUGGGUAAUUGGGUAUUAACUAUUAAGCAUUGUAGUCAAGGAUGGAUCGAGAGGCUGAUAGGACAGUUGUCUCUGAAAAAUUGAAAUACUCAUAUAAUUUUAUUUUUUAUUAUAUCUUAAUUGUCACAUAAUAUUUCUGUUAA